GCGUGUGCCUGUCAAAGAAAUCAAGUUUACUUUUUCUGACUUGUUAACAGAGGCAGGGUAUAAAUAGAGCUAACUCUGCUCAGACUAUUGGCGUUUCUCUUAAAAUAAGGGGGUAACUUCCUAGGACCUUUAAUCCAAUGAGGUCCAGACCAAUCUGCACUAUCAACAGAAGCAGCGAAGGAGCUUGUUGAAGUUUUUACAGAAAUCAGGUGCAUUUGGGUUCCUCGAAAAUUUAAGGCUUACCAAAAAAAAAAAAACAAACAACCCAAAAAGCAACCCCAGGCAAACGAGAACUACCUCCAGCUCGGUCACUGCCAUUGCCCUGGAGAAGUUCUGAGAUGUUGUUGGUGCUGUUCACUCGGUGGAUGUGGAUCUUGCUGGGGAAGAGCAGUGUCCUCUUGCUUCUGGAGGUCUCUCUGAAGGGGAGAGCUCUGCCUCCGAUCCGGUAUUCCCACGCUGGGAUAUGCCCCAAUGACAUGAACCCCAACCUGUGGGUGGAUGCGCAGAGCACUUGCAAGCGGGAGUGCGAAGCCGACCUGGAGUGCGAGACCUUUGAGAAGUGCUGCCCCAACGUCUGUGGAACGAAGAGUUGCGUGGCAGCUCGGUACAUGGAUGUCAAGGGGAAAAAAGGGCCGGUGGGAAUGCCCAAAGAAGCCACCUGUGACCGUUUCAUGUGCAUCCAACAAGGCUCAGAGUGUGACAUAUGGGAUGGGCAACCCGUCUGCAAGUGCAAGGACAGGUGUGAGAAGGAGCCGAGCUUCACCUGUGCCUCCGAUGGGCUCACCUACUACAACAAGUGCUACAUGGAUGCAGAAGCUUGCAUCAAAGGCAUUACACUGAACGUUGUCACCUGUAGGUACCACCUUACCUGGCCAAACACCAGCCCUAUCCCACCAGAAACGACAGCUCGCCCUACUACUGCCUAUUCUGAGACAACAGUCGUUGAUAUCUUGCCACCCGUCCUAGUGAACAACCCUGUCCAUCAGUCAGUCUACGUGGGAGAGACCGUCAGCUUCCUCUGUGAUGUUACAGGGAGACCCAAGCCAGAAAUCACGUGGGAGAAACAGGUUGAUGGGAAAGACAAAGUCAUUAUGAAGCCAAAUCACGUCAGAGGGAACGUCGUGGUCACUAACAUCGCCCAACUGGUCAUCUACAACACCCAGCUCCAGGACGCAGGCAUCUACACUUGCACUGCCAAAAACAGCGGUGGCCUUCUCAGGGCUGAUUUCCCUUUGUCAGUCAUCAAAGGGGAACCCACAUCCAAAGAAGCUUCCCAAAACAAAACACAUUUUCCAACCGAUGAGUGCCUGAAGCACCCGGACAGCGAGGACUGUGGGGAAGAGCAGACCAGGUGGUACUAUGACGCAAAGAAAAACAACUGCUUUACUUUCAUCUAUGGGAACUGCAACAGCAACCUCAACCACUUUGAGACCUAUGAGAACUGUAUGCUAACGUGCAUGAAUGGCCCAAUCAACAUCUGCAAUCUGCCAGCUCUCCAAGGUCACUGCAAGGCCUAUGAGCCCCGAUGGGCCUACAACAGCUUGACAAAGCAGUGCCAGUCCUUCAUUUAUGGUGGGUGUGGAGGCAACGAGAACAACUUUGAGAGCCGGGAGGCCUGCGAAGAGAUGUGUCCUUUCCCAAAGAACACACACUGCAAAGCUUGCAAACCACGCCAGAAGCUGGUGACAAGCUUCUGCAAAAGCGACUUUGUCAUCCUGGGCCGCAUAACGGAGCUGACCGAAGACCAAGACUCGGGACAUGCCCUGGUGACAGUGGAGGAGAUUCUCAAAGAUGAAAAAAUGGGAUUAAAAUUCCUGGGGAGGGAACCACUAGAAAUCACGCUUUUGAACAUGGACUGGAGCUGCCCGUGUCCCAACAUGACCACGGUGGACGGCCAGCUCAUCAUCAUGGGAGACGUCCACAACGGCAUGGCUGUCCUACAGCCAGACAGCUUUGUGGGGACCUCCAGCCUCCGGCGCGUGCGGAAACUCCGCGAAGUCAUCCACAAGAAAACCUGUGAGCUUUUGAAAGAGUUCCUAGGAUUGCAUUAACCUCCUCCACACGUGUCGGCCUUCCAGACCCGUGUGUUACGUAGGGCUAACAAGCGCUAGGCUAGUGCACCAACUAAACAAGCUGUUGGAAGAUACACUGUAGGAAUUAUGCAGAACCCUUAUUUUAAUCCAUUAAUGAUGCUUAGCAACAAUGUAGUAUGGUCUUUGGCACGCACGUAGAACAGCAGCAAGAGGCAUUAAUCUCACACCGAAAUCAAUUCGUCCGUAGAGGAGUGCCAUUUAACUAGGUGACUCACUGCAGUAAUUACACAAUUUUUACGUAGCUUCCAUCCUAAAUGACGGAAUUCAUAGCAUUUGUUUAGCUAAUUGGUACGCAGCUAAGUAACAUAUAAUGUCAACUUAAUCUCUCUCAUUUACAGUAUAGAAGUGUUAUGGUAAGUCAUUAUAAGCAAGUCACACUCUUGUCUCCUCACAGCAGCACUAAUAUUUCAAGAGAAAAGCCUGUAAAUUAUUGUCUAUAUUUACAAUUGUGCACAUUUAAC